CCUACGUAGACUACUUAAGGGUCCAGUCCACUUGUUCCCUUGUGCCUUUGUGCCCUUGUGCUCUCACUCCCUUAUUGCCCCUUGUCUCGCCUCACCUACCCCAUUCCUCUUUAGCCAAAUUGUUUGUUACACCUUUUACCAUGGGCCCUCACAAUGUCCGAUGGGGAAUAAUGGCCACCGGCUGGAUUGCCGACAUCUUCGUUCGGGAUCUCCUCCGAGAUCCUCAAGAGCGUGGCGCAUCUGACGUCUCCCACAGCAUUGUGGCAGUAGCGUCAUCAUCAUCGCAAGCUCGAUCUGAGAAGUUUAUCUCCGACACGGGCAUCCCCGCCCCCUGUGCAGCCUACGGCUCCUAUGAGCAGCUCGUGGCUGAUGCCAACGUGGACGUGGUCUACGUCGCCACCCCCCACUCCCACCACUUCCAAAACGUCAUGCUAGCCUUGGAGGCGGGGAAGAACGUUCUGUGCGAAAAGGCCUUCACGGUCAAUGCGGCCCAGGCGAAGAUCCUGUGCGAGACGGCCAGGAAGAAUAACUUGUUUCUGAUGGAGGCCGUUUGGACGCGAUACUUCCCGCUCAGCGUGCAGGUUCGAGACUUGAUCAAGCAGGGGGCCAUUGGCGAGGUCCUUCGUGUGAUCGCUGACAAUAGCUUCGGCGACCCUGUUGAAGAGCGCUGGGGAACGGAACAUCGCAUGGUCAACAAGGAUUUGGCCGGCGGAUGUUUAUUGGACUUGGGUAUUUACUCCUUGACCUGGGUCUUCCAGACCCUGUAUCACACCCUUCCCCGGGAUCAGCGCAAACCACCUUCGGCCAUCUCAGCGCACAUGGCGCUCUACCACUUGACUGGAGCCGACGAAGCGACGACUAUCCUCCUCAGCUUUCCCACCAGUACGCCGUCCAACCUACCUCACCCAGGUCAAUCCCACGCCGUGGCCAUGACCAAUUUACGUGUCGCUACCGACCCCGACGAGGCCAACACUGCCCGUCCAGCCAUUCGCAUACAAGGCACCAAGGGUGAGAUCCAGGUGGACGGACCGGCGUUCCGACCGGAGCGGUACCGCAUCAUUCCCAAGAAAGGGGAAGGUGAAUUCAAGGAGGUCGAGUGUCCAUUUCCUGGCAACGGGAAGGGCAUGUUCUGGGAAGCAGAUGAGGUGGCGCGGUGCUUGCGGGAUGGACGCUUAGAAAGCGAAACCCUGCCAUGGGAGGAGAGUAUCGUCAUCAUGGAAGUGAUGGAUGAGGUUCGGCGCCAGGGCGGGCUGACUUAUCCGGAGAAGAUCGAGUCAACGAUCUACCCCACGCAACUAUAGGAUUUACGCCGACAGGUUUGAAUGGACCGAGGCUUAUAAAUGCUAGGCCAAAUAACACUUUCUAUCC